AACGAUUUGCGCGCCCCUCCCACCGCACGAGACGCCACUCUCACCACCUCAACUCCACUCCGCCCUCAUUCCGCGCCAAGCGCUUGCUCACAAUGGCAGGCGCCGGGUUGCCGCUGCAUCCGGCGCUGGAGCCGAUCGCGUUCAUGCUGGGUCAAUGGCGUGGCGAGGGCGAGGGCGGCUACCCGACUAUUAACUCGUUUAGAUACGUGGAAGAGAUAACCCUAUCGCAUGCCGGCAAGCCGGCGAUGGCUUACGCGCAGAAGACGUGGCGCGCGGAGUCGGGGGAGCCGAUGCACGCGGAGAGCGGCUUCUGGCGACCCCGGCCUGAUGGCAGCCUGGAGAUCGUGAUCGCGCAGAGCACGGGGCUGGCAGAAGUGCAGAAAGGCGCAUACAAUGCGGAGGCCAAGACAAUAUCAGUGGAGAGCGAGUUAGUGGGCAACGCCACCAAGGUGCGGCGCAUAGUGCGGCAGUUCAGGCUGGAGGGGGACGGCACGCUGGCGUACACAGUGGACAUGGAGACAAACACGCAGCCGCUGCAGAAGCACCUGGAUGCGCGCCUCAAGCGCGUUGAAUAGUAGCAGGAGCUCACUUGGCCCUACACUGCCCUUGGUGCUUGGGGGUGGCGCAUGUGCCCUCUGCACAUUUGGGAAGAAUAUAGAGUACCAUAUGCUUCAGUUCAGACCCAGGCAGACCCUGUCAAGGGUGGAUUGGAAAUAAAUUUAUUCAAAGCUU